AUGCGGUUCUCAGCUAUCCAGGGCAUUGCGCUGGCCCUUGUUGGCCUGGCGAAGGCACAAUGCAUCUAUGAUCUUUUUGAGGACCUGCCAAACGCACCAGCUCUCGGCCACAAUUUCCCCUUCCGCAGGGCAAGAUGCAUCUUCGCCGUUGCACCCAACUCGCCCACAACCAACCCAGCCGUCAUCUCUGCUCCCGCGGGACUCUCGUUCACCCCUGAGUUCAUCUUCGCCGGCAUAUUUCUGAGGAACCUGCUCGGCGGCGCCACGGCCCUGUCGAGUGCCAGCACAAUUACCGUUACUGCGAAUUUCAGCGACUCGACCACCGCCCAAACCACGUUCAAUAUCGAUCCGCCAGACACUGUCUUUGGGCUGAGCGUCGGCGCCCAGGCGCUGCAGUACUUCAAGUUCCCGUGUGUAUGGACUGGAGUCGUAAGCCUGAGCUUCAGUCCGCAGGCUGAGCUUGGAGUGGAUACUGGGCUGGGUCUGGCGAUCGAUAACUUCCAGUACACGGUUCCGCUUGAGCGUGUCUAG